AUGAGAGAUAUACAACAACAAAUCACGGAUCUUCGACAGCAGCUUCACGCGACUGAAAUACGUUUACAAACGGCUGAAGCGUCCAAUGCACAACAGAUCACGACAUGGGAAGUGGCUCAUGAUCGACGUUUUGAGGCCAUGGAAAAUCAACAACAUGAGAGAUUUGAUGAAAUGCAAGCGGAUCUGGAACGUGUUAUCCAGCAAAACCCCAACCAAGGUAUGAUUCCCAAUCAUGGUCGUCACAAUGGGAUUCUGGGUCCUGGACCCGAUGGCAGAUCCCCGCGACUGGAUCUACCGAGAUUUUCCUCCGGCAAUCCCACUCGGUGGUUGUUUGCUGUAGAACGCUACUUCACAUUUUAUCAAACACUUGAACCUGAUAAAUUGUUACUUGCUUCGGUUCACUUGGAUGACCCAGCCACAAGCUGGUUUCAAGGAAUGUCUAGAGAUGGUCUUAUUCUUACGUGGAACGCCUUUGCUUUUGCACUAGCUCGCGUGUAUGAAGAUCAACUGAAUCUUGAUAGACCUUUUAAAUCAUGGUCUCCUAAACCCACUCAAUUGGUGACAGCUACAGCCCAAUCAACAGGGACUACCUCCACCCUUCACACUUCACCUAUUGCAGCCAUUCCAAUUAAACGCUUAUCUCCAGUAGAGAUUCUAGCUAGAAGAGAGAAAAACCUUUGUUUCAAUUAUGAUGAGAGGUACUCAUUUGGCCAUAAAUGUAAAUCAAAGCCUGCUCUUCUCUAUAUGGAAGGUGAUGAGGGUGAUAAUAUUGAAGAACAAAUAAGUGAUAUUGUCCCCAAUUCGGGUGAAAUGGUGGAACCAAAUUGCUCUUCACCAGAAAUUAGUUUUAAUGCUCUCUUUGGACAUAGGACUUCUCGUACUUUCCGUUUGCAGGGGUUUGUCUCAGAUCAUUCAUUGCAAGUUCUAAUUGAUGGAGGCAGUACUCACAACUUCAUUACACCACAUAUGGCUUCUUAUCUCCACCUUACUUUACAUGCCAUCACUCCCUUCUCAGUUCAAGUGGGAAACAGUGAUAAGUUACUUUGUGCAACAAAAUGUAUGGGAGUACCACUAGUCUUACAAUCUGAAUCGUUUCUUGUGGAUUUAUUUGUCAUUGAUCUUAAGGGUGCUGACGUUGCUCUUGGGGUACAAUGGUUAGCCACUUUAGGCCCUGUUAUUAUUGAUUAUCAUAAGCUUACUAUGUCAUUCACUAGAGGUGAUGUUCCUAUUGUAUUACAAGGAGCUAUAACUCUAGACCCUUCAUUGCUAUCAACGACCCAAUUACAGAAGCUCAUGGCACAUGAUUCUAUUGAUGCAUGCCUGAUGUGUUUUACCCCCAGCGGCCCAAUUACCAUCCAUCAGACUAUUUCUCCUAUGGGCCAAGAUAAUGACAAUCUAAGUGAUAAGCCAGCACUACAACAGUUACUCCUUGAAUUUACAUACGUCUUUACCCCACCGUCCUCACUUCCCCCUGAGCGAUUUUUAAACCAUAAAAUUGUGCUCCAACUUGGAUCUAAACUAGUUCAGGUGUGCCCUUACCGUUAUCCUCAUUUUCAAAAAAAUGAGAUUGAACGCUUGGUGAAAGAAAUGUUGGCAGAUGGGCUUAUUAGAGCAAGUCAAUCUUCUUUUAGUUCUCCAGUUUUAUUAGUUAGAAAGAAAAAUGGGGCGUGGCUCUUUUGUGUCGAUUAUAGAGCUUUAAAUGCAGUUACUAUUAAAGACAAAUUUCCCAUACCCACAGUUGACGAAUUACUAGAUGAACUACAUGGUGCAACCAUUUUCUCAAAGCUUGACUUGCGUUUAGGCUAUCAUCAGAUUCGAAUGGAGCCUUCAGACAUUCAUAAAACUGCACUCCGAACACAUCAAGGACACUACGAAUUUGUAGUGAUGCCAUUUGAACUCUUGAAUGCCCCUUCCACUUUUCAAGCUAUAACGAAUGAGGUUUUUUCUGCAUACCUUCGUCGUUUCGUAGUUAUAUUUUAUGAUGAUAUUUUGGUCUAUAAUGCUAACCUUCAGGAUCAUAUUCACCAUCUCUAUCAAGUAUUACACACACUACGAAGCCAUCUGUUCUAUGUGAAGUUGUCAAAAUGCUCUUUUGCACUAUCAUCUAUCCACUUCUUGGGUUAUAUCAUUUCAGGGCAUGAGGUUGCUCCAGAUCCAGCUAAGGUUCAAGCGAUUGUGGAUUGGCCUAUACAUACUUCGCAAACCCAAGUUCGGGCAUUCUUGGGUUUAUCAGGCUACUACAGAAGAUUUAUAAAACACUACGCCAUGGUUGCUUCUCCUUUAUCUAAUUUGUUAAGCAAAACAUGA